AUGCCUCUCACCCUGACGAAGGACGACAACGGCACGACCGUCCGCGUGGCACUCGGCGACGCCAUUCGUAUUAACCUGCAGAGCACGCCCAGCACCGGCUACCAGUGGACGUGCGAGAGCUGCCAGAAGAUGGGCGAGCACAACAAGGCGUACGCCAUCACCAGCGAGUUCAAGCACCACCAGGCGGUUAUGCCGGGCGCCGCCGGCGUGCAGCUCAUCACGGUGACCCCCAAGGUGGCUGGCGAGCACGAGCUCAUCUUUGACUACGUGCGGGGGUGGGAGAGGAACGCUGCUCCCGUGAAGCGCUUCGCUGUCAAGAUGGUGGUCGCCUGA